AAAAUAAAAUAAAAUGGAUCUCAAAAAACUCUUACUCUUCCUUUGUGUCUUAACCCCAGUCCUCUCUUCCUCACAGGGAACCGAAGAAGACGACGUGAAGUGUCUCAAAGGAAUCAAGGACACUCUCCAAGACCCUCAGGGCCGACUCGCCACGUGGCGCUUCGGAAACACAACCGUCGGUUUCAUCUGCGACUUCGUCGGCGUCACCUGCUGGAACCUCAAAGAGAAUCGCGUCCUGGCUCUCGACCUUCAAGGCAUGAAGCUCUCCGGUCAAAUCCCUAGCUCCCUCAAAUUCUGCGGUAAGAAUAUCCAGAAGCUGGAUCUCGGUUCAAAUUCUCUUUCUUCCAAUAUACCGCCCGAGAUCUGCACCUGGAUGCAGUUUCUCGUUUCGUUAGAUCUCUCCGAUAACCAACUUACCGGUCCGAUUCCGCCUACUCUUGCUAACUGUACUUACUUGAAUGAGCUUGUGCUUAAUGAUAACGAACUUUCUGGAACCAUUCCGUACCAGCUUGGAAGUUUGACUAGGUUGAAGAAGUUAUCUGUUGCUAAUAACCGUCUUAGCGGAACGGUUCCUUCGUUCUUCAACGGUUUUGAUAAGGAUGGUUUCGAUGGCAACGAUGACCUUUGUGGUGGCCCGCUUGGCAACUGCGGUGGCAUGAGCAAGAGGAAUCUUGCUAUAAUUGUGGCUGCCGGUGUUUUCGGUGCUGCUGCGUCGUUGCUUUUGGCGUUUGGAUUGUGGUGGUACUAUCAUUUGAGGGUCGGUGGGAGGAGGAAGAAGGGGUUUAGUGGUGGUGGUGGCGGUGGCGGUGGUGGUGGCAAUGAUUGGGUUGUGAGGUUGAGAGGGCAUAAGCUUGUUCAGGUUACGCUUUUUCAGAAGCCGAUUGUGAAGGUUAAAUUGGGAGAUUUAAUGGCUGCGACGAAUAAUUUUAGUGCGGAGAAUGUUUUGAUUUCGACGAGGACUGGGACUACUUAUAAGGCGGAUUUGCCGGACGGUUCGGCUCUGGCAGUGAAGAGGUUGAGUGCUUGUAAGAUUGGGGAGAAGCAGUUUAGGAUGGAGAUGAAUAGGUUGGGGCAGGUGAGGCACCCGAAUUUGGCACCAUUGUUGGGUUUCUGUGUAGUGGAGGAUGAGAGGUUGUUGGUUUAUAAGCACAUGUCAAAUGGGACUCUUUAUUCCUUGCUGCACAAGAAUGGAGGGUUGUUGGAUUGGAUCAUGAGGUUUAGGAUUGGGGUUGGCGCUGCGAGGGGGCUAGCGUGGCUUCACCAUGGCUGCCACCCUCCAAUUAUUCAGCAAAACAUUUGUUCCAAUGUGAUCCUCGUCGACGAGGAUUUCGAUGCUAGGUUGAUGGAUUUCGGGCUUGCCAGGCUCAUGGCAUCGGAUUCAAAUGGGAGUUUCGUGAAUGGGGAUUUGGGGGAGUUAGGGUAUAUUGCACCGGAGUACUCGAGUACCUUGGUUGCUUCAUUGAAAGGGGAUGUGUAUGGAUUUGGGGUUUUGCUUUUGGAAUUGGUCACAGGGCGAAAACCACUCGAUGUUAGCAACGGGGAGGAUGAGUUUAAGGGAAACUUGGUGGAUUGGGUGAACAUGCAUUCGAGUAUGGGCCGACUCAAGGACUGCAUUGAUAAGGCCAUAGCCGGAAGGGGGCAGGACGAGGAGAUCCUGCAGUUUCUGAAAAUUGCAUCUAAUUGUGUGGUUAAUCGCCCCAAGGAUAGGUGGUCCAUGUACAAGGUUUAUCAUUCAUUGAAGAGUUUAAGCAAAGACUCAAGUUUGUUUGAUCAUGAUGACGAGUUCCCCUUGAUCUUUGGUAAGCCGGAAAACGAGUAGUUCUCGACUGGACUGAGUAUUGCAGCAUGAGGGAGAGUAAACUUGUGGUGCCGGAUUCGGAUUCGUAUUUAUAGCGGAGAGGUUUUCAGAAUGGUCCUGAUGGUUUUUCUGAUUUGAACAAUUUCCAUGGCUGGCACCUAAUCAGGUAUAGUUUGUACUUGUAUCAGCUGCAUGUAUGAUAUAUUAAUAAGCUUUUCCUGAGUUGGUAGAUUAGGUUAUUGGGAUUUCUGAAAUCUAUUUGUUUCAAUGUUUUGUUGUAUGAAAAAUGCAAAACCUCGAAUGAGGUCCAGGAUUUCUGGAGUAAUGCCUCUCAUUCGAAAUCUCAAAUAGGCAAGAAAAAUGGAAGCUGACUUGUGUUCAAGAUUAUCUAAUCAAGAUGAUGCAUUUCAUUUAGAUCUAAAUAUCUAAUUGAUUGGUUUGGAAAGCUUGAAAGUUGAACCAUUUUUACAUGAAAUGUAAAUUGAAGUUGUAGUGUUCAAGUUUACCAUUUUAACUAGUAAGCCCUGCCACGACUAGUAACAAAUUAUGGUAUUCAACUAUUUAAGAUUGUUUCA